AUGGAUCGACCUGUUUCGCGCGGCUCCGUCAAGGAGCAAGGCUUGAGGGAUGGUUCUGCCGCAGAUACGUCACUGAACGAGAAGAACUCGACAACUAUUUCACCGCAUCCGUCUCAUGAACAGGUCACAGAAAUGAAGGAUGACGGGGGAAGCACGACAGCCGAUGGCAGUGACGAGGCGCCAAAGGACGAGGAGUACAUCACCGGCAUCAAGUUAUUGCUUGUUCUUGCUGCGUUGACAGGGACUACGUUUUUGAUUUUGCUGGAUAUGUCCAUCGUCGUCACAGCUGUGCCGCAAAUCACUACAACAUUCAACUCCCUCGCCGAUGUAGGCUGGUACGGCGCAGCAUACAACCUGUGCAGCGCUGCGCUACAACCCUUCGCGGGAAAGCUCUACACGCACCUCCGCUCAAAAUGGAUCUACCUCUCCUGCCUAUUCCUCUUUGAACUCGGCUCCCUGAUCUGCGGCGUCGCCAAAUCAUCCAACAUGCUCAUCGUCGGGCGUGCCGUCUCUGGCAUGGGCUCCGCAGGUCUCUACAACGGCGCGUUGACCAUCAUCGGGAACACGGUGCCCUUGGCAAAAAGGCCCAUGAUCAUUGGAAUCUUGAUCGGACUCGCCAACAUGGGACUCGUGAUCGGGCCCCUGGUCGGAGGCGCCUUGACGGAGUACUCUACCUGGCGGUGGUGUUUCUACCUCAACCUCCCCAUCGGCGGCGUCGUCGCCGUUCUCCUCGCCCUCAUCCACAUCCCCGACAGAAUCUCCGCCCCACUUCCCCUGCUCGAAGUCCCCCGUCACCUUGAUCUGCCCGGGUGUGUUCUCUUCAUCCCAUCAGCACUCAUGCUCCUCCUCGCGUUGCAAUUCGGUGGCAAUGACUACGCGUGGAACUCCUCCGUCGUCAUCGGCCUCUUCGUGGGUUCUGGCGUCAUGGCCAUCCUCUUCGUUCUCUGGGAGCAUCACGUCGGAGAUGAAAAGGCGAUGAUACCGCUGGGGAUGCUCAAGAAGCGCGUCGUCUGCACGAGUGCGCUGGUGGGCGGGAUCAACAUGAGUGUCACAUUGGUGGGAAGCUAUUACCUGCCGAUGUACUUCCAGAGUGUCAAGGGGGAGACUCCGUUCAAGGGUGGUGUGGAUUACUUGCCUACGAUCUUGGCGCAGCUGAUUUCUGCCGUAACUUCUGGUGCUCUUGUUGGGCGGAUGGGAUACUAUCUUCCAUGGGUUUUCAUCGGCGCCGGCCUUUCUGCGGUUGGAAGCGGACUCAUCUCGACUUGGGUGCCUACGACAGCAACCGGUAUCUGGAUCGGAUACCAGAUCAUUCUCGGUAUUGGCCGUGGCUCAAGCAUGCAAAUGCACAUCAUCGCAAUCCAAGCCAACCUGCCACCCUCAUUGCUAUCCGUCUCGAUGGCGACGCUGGUAUUCGCUCAAACGCUCAGCGGCGCAGUCUUCCUCACUUUUGCCGAGCUCAUCUUCACUGAAGGGCUGGGCAAGAACCUGGAAAAGUACGCGCCUUCAGUCAACGCUAAGACGAUCUUGGCUGCUGGAGGCACAGGGUUCAGGGAGGUUGUUAGUGCUAGCGAGCUUCCUGGUGUGGUGAUGGCGUAUUCUAAAAGCAUCAGCGAGGUGUUUUAUCUGUGUGUUGCGCUGUCGGGUUGUGUCUUUAUCCUGGGAUGGGGCAUGGGCUGGGUUGAUAUUCGACAGAAGAAGUCGGAGAAGAAAGGGGACGUGUGA